AUGGCGUCUCUUGCGGCACCGGUGGUCGCCCUGGUGCCGUACGGGCGGGCCGGCGGCGGGCUGUUCGACCUGAUGCUCCUCGACGACCCGUUCCGGGUGCUGGAGCAGUCGCCGCUCGCGGCGUCAUCGGUGCCCAGAGCCAGCCUCGACUCGGCUUCGGUGGCGCUGGCGCGGUGCGACUGGAAGGAGACCGCCGAGGCGCACGUCAUCUCGUUGGACGUGCCCGGGGUGCGGCGGGAGGACGUGAAGGUGGAGGUGGAGGAGAACAGCCGCGUCCUGCGGGUCUCCGGCGAGCGGCGGGCCGACGAGGAGAAGGAGGGCGAGCGGUGGCACCGAGCCGAGCGCGCGGCGGGCCGGUUCUGGCGCCGGUUCCGGAUGCCUGCCGGCGCCGACGUCGACCGCGUGUCCGCCAGGCUGGAGGACGGCGUGCUCACCGUUACCGUGCCCAAGGUGGCCGGGCACCGCGGCCGGGAGCCGCGCGUCAUCAGCAUCGCCGGCGCCGACGUGGCCCGCGCGGAGGCGGCGGAGGUCAAGGCGUCCAAGGCCGAGAUGUGA